UUAGUUAAGAGUUAGUUAUAAAGCGUACAAAUGUAGGCAGCUUCAACCCUGACAAAUAUAAAUUAAUCGCGAUUGUAAAUAGAUGCUUGAGUCCAUUAAUAUUACUUCUUAAACUUAUAUCUUACUUUAUCUUGUUCUAUUAAAAUCAGAAUGGAAAAAGAGGAAUCCAGUGGGAAAGUUGUGUUUAAAUCUAAACGAAAAAAUAAAUGCUUAAGAACUAAAAGAUUAUCCGAUAGUGAAGACGAUAAAGAUGAUGAUAUGAGUUCAGUUUUAGAAGAUGCCAAAGAAAUAAGAAAACUGCGAAAACGACCAAAUGGUGUUAGUGUUAUUGGACUAGCACUUGGUAAGAAGUUAACUACUGAAGAAGAAUUAAUUGUAAGUGAUCCUUUUAAAUUAAAAACUGGUGGUUUUAUUGAUAUGAAAGCAUUAAAAGGAAAAGGGAAAUCUGGUGUGGAAGAAUUGGAUGCAGUUCAUUUGGGUAGUGUCUUUUCUGCAGAGACUAACCGAAGAGAUGAGGAUGCUGACAUGAUGAAAUAUAUUGAUGAGGAAUUGAAUAAAAGAAAAGGAGUUUCUAGCACUCCUGCAUUGGCAAAUAUAGCAUCAAAAAUAGCUGAAAAUGAAAGGGCUCAUGAAAGUGAAGAGAGUGUGGAUAGUGAUGGUCCUCUUAAGGAUGUGGAUGUCUUAUUUGAAGUACCUGAACAUUUACGACAUUCAACAACAAAGAAAUCAGAAGAAAUGUUAUCGAAUCAGAUGCUUUCCGGAAUUCCUGAAGUAGAUUUGGGGAUUGAGGAGCGGAUUCGAAACAUUGAGGCUACUGAAGAAGCUAAACUUCAAGUGUUAAGAGAGAGAAUGAAAAAGAAAGAAAAGAGCAUGUCUUUUGUUCCCACAAAUAUGGCCGUGAAUUUUGUACAACACAACCGAUUCAAUGUUGAUGAGACGGACAACCCAAAGCAUAAAAAAAUGAAAAAAGAAGCCACAACUACAGAUCGACAUAGCCCUCCUAAGAUUAUUGCUCCAUCAGGUUCUACUAAGGGGAAACAAGAAGAUGAAGAGAAAGCAACAGAUGAUUUUCACUUUGAAAAAUUUAAGAAGCAAUUUAGACGGUUUUAAUAUUUCAUGUAAACAAAUGUUCAUAUGGAAGCGUUGUUUUUAUUUCAUUUGUUUUUAUUUCACGAUGGCAGAUGUACCAAAAAAAGACUUCUUCGCCACUACAGCCUGGCACAGGUCAAGGCUGUCUCAAUAGGUUUUCGCUGUCUUGCCUUGUUAGUCACCAUUGCCCUCCAUCUUCCAGCAUUGAUCAUUUGGAGAUCUAUUAUAACUCUGUCUGGCCACCUAAUGGGUGGUUGGCAUCUCUUAGGAUCACCAACUUGUUUAAAAAAGUCACUGUCUUAUUUGGUUCAUUGUAAAAAAAAAAGACUAAAUAUUUAAAAAAGUUAACUAAAGAAAAUAGAAAGGGAUAGAAAUUUACAGUUUGGUGUAUGCUGUUUAGAACGUUAACUAAUUUAUUGCCAGUAAUUUUCAAAAUUAUCUCCAAACGUUUAGCUGAGAAACUUAACGGUCCGCUGUUAACUGAGAAAAGCGUAGAACAAAGUUUCAAAAUAAUCACUCAUAGCCGAAACGAUAUGGCAUAGUCAGUCUGACUACAAAUUUUCAGUUAAAAGAGUCAUGCAAUAGAAAACAUUGUUUUUUUGUUUUUGUUUUUCUGGUCAGCUGCUAUAUCACACUUUAUCUGUUUUGAAGCUGGAAAAGAAUAUGUUCUUGAAUUUCUUUAGUGUUGAAAACUGUACAAUUUUGCCUCCUCCUGAUUUUUAUAAUUUUUAUUUAUUUUUUAUUAGUUGGUUUCUGAAACUAUUCUUUAUUUUUUGGAUGCAUGAUGUAACGUUGAUGUAUUUAUUAUUUAUAUGAGGCAUUUCAAAAUUUCCUGAAAUGUAUUCUGAAAGUGCAAAUGGAAUUAUAACUGGAAAGUAUGAAAAUAUUAAUUUCAUUGCAUAGCAUAUUUUAAUAAUCAUCAGCUGGAAGAAACAUAUGUAUAUUAAUUCAUUUGUGUAUUAAAUUGUAUGUAUUCACUUUGUGAAGAAAUAAAAGUUAUAUUGUUGUUUUUAAA